AAACCUCCAAGUAUACCAAACUUUGAGGAAGCAUAGAGCGAAGUUUUUCCAAUUUAUUGCCGUAAAAAGCUAUUUUCAGUCCCUCCUAGUUCGGUUGCAAACAAAUUUUGAUGAACAGCGGGUAAGUUUCGAUGCACAAUUAAUUGCAAGUCACAAUUUAAGUAAUUCUCAAAAUUGAGCCCAAACCUCUAAGCAAACCAAACUGUGAGGAAGCAAAGAGUAAAAGUUGCUCUAUUUACUGAGGCAAACGACGCAAUUUUCAAUCUUAGCAGGAUAGUUUUGAACAAUUUUUGAAAACGGCUGGUAAACUUAAUAGCAGAAGCCAUUGAAAAUCGCACUUGUAGAAAUUCUCAAAAUUUCGCACAAAUCUCCAAGUAAGCCAAACGUUGAAGACGAAUAAAGUGAAUCUUGCUCUAUUUAUUGUCGGAGAAACCUCUUUCCAAUCUCUACUAGUUUAAUCGCGAAGAAUUUUUGAAAAACCGCGAGUAAGUUUAGACGUAAAAGUCAUAGCAAGUCUCAAUUUAAGUAAUUUUCAAAAUUCAACCCGAACCUCUAAGCAGACCAAACUUUGUCAGGGUAUAGAGUGAAUCGUGCUCUAUUUAUUUCCGUAAAAACCGCUCUUCAAUCUCAAGUGGUAUGGAAGUAACAAUUUUUUUAAAAACAGCGGGUAAAUUUUAAAGUUCGCCCACGUUAAAUUUACCCGCCGUUUAUCAACAAUCGAGGCUCGAUUUUCUCUAUUUAAAACUGAAAAUAAGUACUUGAACCGUUAGUUGAAGAUAGGAAACCUUGACACUUUAUUCUCUAAUGACCAGUGGCUGAUUUACGUGGAAAUAUCAGAAAAUGUAUUUUCUAUUUCGAUUUUUAGUCCAUCUCUGCCUAUCCCACAUAACUUUCGGGUUAUUGGAACACAGAAUAGUUGCCAACUUGCAUAUUAUUAUCCAUCGGACGUAUCUCGCCCUGGUCUCAACAACUGACUCACAACUUUUCACUACAUCGUCCGUUAUGAUUCUUCUAGAUUUCUUAUUGCCAACAAAUCCAUUUCUGGCUACAAUUCUAGAUGCUGUUCCUUAUGUAACGGAUUUCUUCUAGAUUUUAUUCUAUUGCGUUUGGGAUUUUAGCAACUUUGCGUUAUCUGGAAACACACUUGCUUUGACUUCAAUUCCAAAGAAACUUUUGUGCUUUCUUGCAGAUUCUUAAUUUUUCUGGUGAAACCAAAAUGUAUUUAUAAUUCAGGUAAAUAACUGAGAAUCUUGUAGGUGAGUUGGCUUUUUCACAUCAUUUCCAUCGCUCCGGGAUCGUUUGUAUCGUAAAAUUGUAAAGAAAAUAGUUCACCUCUAGAUCUAAAAAUAUCGCAGCUAUUGGUAGAAUCAACAAAAUAACUUUCGAGUGAGCCUUACGUUUCCACUUGUAGUGAGUAAGCUAUUAUUUAAUUAAUGCAUAUGGAGGUAUUUAGCGAUUCACUCAAACUCGAUAAAACUAGACACUUUAUUACUGCGACGAAUAAAUUAUGCAGGAAGAAAUUACAACUCCACUAUUUUAGUGCCGAAAACAAUAACGCUCGCUGUUGGCUAAUAAAGAUAAGUCUUUUUGAGGAGUAAUUAUUUUCUGGAAUUUAUGGUCCCAAUGAUAAAGUCCAAAACCUAAUUCCAAACAUCGGUACGAGCUUAACUGAGAUGUUUUUCCUGCUGGAUAUUUGACGACAAUCGACACCAUGAUGGAUACAGUCAAUUUGAGUCAGUGUUUAACUAGUCCGAAUCAUUUUAUUAAAUUUGUUGUCAUUGUGUGUUGCACUUGUUUUUCCGUUUAUCAAGUCGGGCAAUGCGUUCACAGAUUGAUUGUGCCCCCAAUCACCACCUACUAUGGCUUCCGCCUGAACGACAGCAUGAGAUAUCCAUCGGUGACCAUUUGCCGAAGACCCGGAUUUAACACGGACAUAUUUCCAAACUACGGAUUGCGGCGCGGCCAAAGCUUGCUAAAUCAGAACGUUUUCCGGAACUUUUACUUCGACAACUUCACUAUUAAGGAGUUCUUGGAGGAUACGACCUACGACUUUGACGACGUUGUGAAUUCCUAUGCUUUCAAUGGAAUGGGGAUGCAUCUAGCAGCUGCGGAAUGGACACUAUUCCAUACAAUCAGCUACGGGAAAUGCUUCUCGUUCACGCCAAGAGAAACAUCCAGUACCUACAGCAUAUCGGGAGGAUGGAUAUUCUCGCUAAAGCACGAUGUAAUCGAAAGGUUUGUGGACUCGUAUGGAGUGUCUCAGUAUGGGUUCCAUGUGUAUGUUCACGAUCCCAAUGAGAUUUUGACUUCUGGGCUGGAGCAGGACGACAGUUUUUUGGAAUACAUCUACAUUGAAGCUUCUGAGGAUAUUCGGCUGCAGUUGCGAUACCAGGAGUUUUUGAGAGUGAACACCAACGAGAACCCGUGCAUUGAUCCUGGUGAUCAGCCCACAUAUAGCCGCUCGAGGGUGAGAAACUUGCACUUGAAACCAUCAUUCAUUGUGCGAUUUGUAGCUGAUAACAUGGAAAACCUUUCGGUGCUUUUCAUCAAACUCUUGAGCUUAAUUCCAUUGAAUUUCAGCAAUAGAGAAACUUUGAUGGCCAAUUGCUCGUGCCCCAAGUCUUGCCACGUAACCAUCUACACGCCAUCCAUCAUAAGUAGAACCAAACUGAACGAGAAUCAAGACACUCGCAGCUUUAUUGCUAUGCAUUAUGCCAACAAUUUGGUGACUGAAAUGAAGGAGUUGGUCGGAUACAAUGUGACUGCUUUCAUUGCGGAUAUUGGUGGAUCUUUGGGGUUUCUUCUGGGACUGUCCGUGGUUGGAUUCAUACGGGUGAUUGAACGAAUCGUGUGUUCCAUCAUCAAGACAUAUUACCAGAAAAAGAAGAAACCUGAUGAGGAACAGCGCUCAGAAACGCAGAGCAGUAGCAGCAGCAGCACCAGCAGCAAAAGCACGAAAAUCCUGCACACAAAUUCAUUCGGCAAACGUAAACCGCUUCCCGAUAACAUCAAUUUGUACGAGAAUCUGCAGGAUUUUGAGAGCGAUGAUUUCAAGUACUACCAGAAGACGUUGAUAGCUGAAAGCAGCAACAGCAGGUACUAG